UCAUUUUUUUUAGAGAGAGAGAGAGAGAAACUUGAAAACCAUCCUUUUGCAUAGUCGAUAACGCCUGAGUGUUUUUAUAUAACGAUACUGAAAUAAAAUAUCUUUUGUUCAGUCGGUAAAGUUCACUGGACCUUAACCUAAAACAAAAAAUAUUAUGGAGAAAGAAAAUAACACAAUUUUAAGUAUAAUAGAUCCACUACAUUUCAACGGUAUAACUAGAAAAAUUACAAUGAGUAAUGUAAAAGAUAAUAAAACAUCAGAAAUUUUCCGAAAAGAGGCUAAUCUUAUUUUCAAUAAUCAAAUACAUGACUCUAAGAGUCAUGAGAAAAUAUGGAAGUUGUAUUCAAAAAGCGUAGCUUUGGCAACAGAAAAUUCUGAAAAUCUUGCCCUUGCUCAUAGUAACAGAUCAGCAAUUUUAUUACACAUGAGCAAGUAUGAAGAUAGUUUACUGGAUAUUUCUAGAGCACAAAAUAUUACAAAGAAUACUUGUCUUCAUAUAAAACUGCUCAUUCGUAAAGCUAAAUGUUUACAUGCAUUGGGAUCAGAAGAAAGCAAUAUUGCAUUAAAUGAAGCAGAAUCUUUAUUGGAUAAAAUUGAAGUAGAGAAUUUGAAGAAUAUAUUUAUUAAUGAUAUUAACGAAACUAAAUUCACAUUAAAAAAGCCAUUUGAACCCCUGGAAACAUUUCAUAAUUAUAAUGUUUCUGCAAUUAAAGCUUUAAAUAAGCGAAAUAAAAUUGGUGAUUUUUCUCUUAUAAAAAUACAAUAUGAUGAAAAACAUGGAAGACAUCUUAUUGCAGCUAAAGAUAUUAAACCAGGACAAAUUAUCUACAUAGAAAAGCCUUAUAUUCACUGUGUAAAUAUAGAAAAUAUACACUUAUAUUGUUCUCAUUGUUUAACUACAACAUGGGCAGGCAUUCCAUGUAACCAUUGUUCUUGGACCAUGUUUUGUUCAAAUGAAUGCAAAGAAAAAGCUUGGGAACAAUAUCACAGUAUUGAGUGUACAUUGUAUAGUUGCAUAAAAAAAAAAUUAGAUGACAGUUCUACGCAUCUAGCUGUGAAAGCUUUAUCUCUUGCUCUAAAAGAAUAUGGUGGUAUUGAAAACUUGCAAGCCGAAUUAGCAGAAUUUGACAAAUCCAAAGAUAAGUUCAAAGGAUUCAAAAACAAUAACAAAAUAGAGACAAGUAUGUUCCAGACCAUGUAUAUUUUAUCUCAUGAUGUGACUAAGUUUAAAAUGCAAAGACACAAAGAAAGUGUUGCUUUAUUUCUUGACACUUUGAUACAAUCUACAGGAUUACUAGCAGAAGACCUUUGCGGAAAAAAAACUAAAAGUUAUAUAAGAAAAGAUUAUCUUUUCUUUCUUUGUGCUUUAUUUUUAAGAUUAAGUACAGUAAGUGAAAUUAAUAAGCUAGAAAUGUGGAAUGGAAGUUAUAAAUGCCCAAAUGGUUCAAUUCUAAAAUCACACUGUUGCAAAAGUGACUGUUGUUCUAGAGGAGUUUAUAUUGCACCGGUCACUAGUUUAAUCAAUCACAGCUGCAAUCCAAAUGUUAAUAUAUGUUACAGUAACAAUCACAAGGCUGUUAUAUAUGCAUUACAACCAAUUAAAAAAGGAGAACAGAUAUUACGCUGUUAUCAAGAAGAAUUUUUUUUUAUUGAAAAAUCAAUCAGGAAACGAUUGUUGAAAAAUAUUUACAAUUUUCAAUGUGAGUGUGAAGCUUGUCUAAAUGAUUGGCCAAGUUUACUCCUCAAAAAUGACAUAAUUAUAAAUCCUUGGUCAUCUUUAUACUUGCAUAAAGAAGUAGAAUUAGGAUCAUACUAUAAACGUAUAAUUGAUUCAACAUUCAUUGGCUCUGCUUAUUAUAUCAAAAUGAUUGACUCUCUUGGAAAGGAUUUAGAAAGAACUUUAAAAGAUUUGCCACAGCCUGCACUGAUGAAUAUUGAUUUAAUGAGAACUUUGAGUAUUAUUUUUAAUCAAUUAUAUGGUAUCAUGUUAUUUGUACCAUCCAAGUGCAACUCAGAGAUAAAAUUUGUUUAAACAUUGUUAUUAUGAUUACGGGAUAGGAAUGACCAUUGUAAUCAAAGAGUGUACUGCUCUAAAAACAAAAAGAUUAUAUAAUAGUUGAGUAAUUGUAGUUGUAGAAUACAAAGUUAGUUUUUUAAAGUUUAAAAAAUGAUUAUCAUGAUUCUAUUACAUACUUUAUUUAAUUUUCUAUUUUGAACUAUUAGUUAACAGAUAUGUAACUAAUACUAUUUUUCAUAAUUUACUUUUCCAUAUGAAAUAUAAUAAAAUACAUUAAA